AUGAAAAAAAUUCGACUUAUCUAUAUUUAUACGCCCGAUAAAAACAUCACUGAACAUGACACAUGGACAAAAUUACACCGAAAAAUUCGUGGCGUCUACUGCGAUAAACAAAAGCUUGUGCAGCGAUUGAUGAUCGAUAUUUUCAGAGUUUUCUCGAGUUUUUAUACAAACAUGUGUUUUUGUGAUCAAAACGAGAAAUCGACGCAAGAUUUGUUAGAAGAAAAUGCACUAUUUCAAAAGCACCAGCUGUACAUGGAAACAAUAUUUCAAAUGACAAACGUGGAUGAUGCAAAAGGAGACAUAGUUGAAGUAUCCAUACCAUUCUAUUUGGAUAACAAAAAACAACAAGAAAUCAUAAAAGAAUUUGGUACAACAUAUCGUCACGAACAUGUUAUUCAGUGGUAUACACGAAAGUGUUUUCUAUAUCGUAUAUUGAACAGAGCAUUGAGAACACAAGAAAUGUGUAUUAUACUCAAAUUUCGAUUAAUUAUCCGUGAUCUUCAUCAUACACUACUCCCACUACAUUCUCACUCAUUAAUAACGAGCAAUCCCACUUUAUAUCGAGGACAAAGAAUAUCUUCCGAAGAAUUACAAAAGUUGAAAAGCAAAGUUGAUAGUCUAAUUUGCAUGAAUACAUUUUUGUCUGCGACAACUAAUAAAGAGGUUGCAUCGAUUUUUGCAGGCGGUGAGAGUACAAAAGAUACCAACUCGGUGUUAUUCGAAAUAACGAUUGCUGAUACGUCACCAACACCAUUUGCAAACAUUAAGGAAUUUUCACACUUUGAAGAUGAAGAGGAAUAUUUAUUUUCAAUCAGAACUGUAUUUCGAAUAUCACGAGUCGAAUUCAAGGAUGAAAUUUGGGUUAUUAAAUUAAUAUUGGUGGGUGCUGACGACGGAAAACGAAAAACAAUAAUCAAUGAAUACCAUACAAAAUCUUGUGAAUCAAUUCAACAGUAUUCUGUAGGCUUGGGACUAGAAGCAGAUGGUGUUAGCCGUGACGGUAGCCGGUUACAUUGUCGGUAUCUUCCAAUAAAUGAAAUUCGCCGUAGCAUCUCCACAUUUAGUUCCAAGAACACAGAUUCAGGUAAUGAAACGGUGUUAUCACUUGUAUCUCUACCGGUAUAAUUAUAAAUGAAAUAGGAAAUAGAAUACAACAAGAGCUUGGAUUACCGAUACAUCUUUUUAACGAAAACAAUAUGUGUUCAAAGUAUAUUCAUUCGAACAAUACGAGAGACCUUUUUGUAA